AUGUUGAUAUUCGCCUUCGUCAUGCGGGGUGCCGCCGCUCUCAUCGGCGCCCUCGCCCUCAUCGCCCCGGUCCCGCUCGCCGCUCCGGGGACUAUUCUCAUCCUGCGCGAGUGCGCACGCUCGCUGGACUGCUCAACAUGCGGCAACAUGUUGAUGCUCGAAUACUCGCGCAACAUGGGCCACUACCAGCGGGUGGUCAAGCAUUCGCUGAACACGCUCUUCGUCGCUCAUGGCCUGCCUCCGGCUCGCCUACGUUACGGCCUUGAACCUCCUCAGGACUCGGAGUUCGUUCGUCUCAUCCAGUCUGGCUGUGGCUAUCCUGGUGGUCUCUGCUCGCCGCUCUACUUCAACCCGACACAGACGACUGUGUUCGACGGUCUCGUUCGCCCUACCAUGGUGCCUACUCGUCCUUCGGUUGAAUUCCAGCUCUCAGACGACUCUGAGCUGCCUCCCCUCUUCGACUACGUCUGGUCGACGACGAUCGCGGUGCCUGUCAUGGUAUCUACUGCGGCCGGGGAACUCGCAAACCCUGCCGCCUCUCCUCUGUCUAAUGCAGCACACACGGUCACUGCGUCUCUUCUCUCGACUGAAGCUCGCCUAGCUCCGGCGGUCAAUAUGGUGGAUCUCGUUCCUCUUAUGGCUACCGGUCUCUUUCUCUUCGUCUUGGUUAUCGGUGCAUGCCUGGCGCCCCCUCGCUACUCUGUCAAGUCUAUGCCGAGCUGGCGGUUCGUCUCGUCGAAGGCCUCUCUGAACGACACCGAGUUCUGGCGCAAGUACGACGAUCUCGAAGCUGGUCUUGCGCCUCCCGGCUCUGCCUACCCUGUGGGCGACGCGUCUCGUCCUUGUUCGUCAUCAAGUCCGGCAAGCACAAGUAUGCCAGUUACGGCACCCCAAACGGUUCAUCACAUCGCGGAGCGACCUCCUGUUGAAGAAGUGCACGUCGGCAUUUCCUCUGCUUCUGGUCGCGGUUCGAUCCCUGGUGAUCCUCUUGGUAGCCCUCCUGGUUGA